CCCAAGCAGAGAGGAGAGGAGACCAUGGCCUCGCAAGACGCGUCCGCGCUCGCCGAGCAGCUGCGGCAGGAGCGCAAGAAGCUGACCCUCUUCCGCCGCCCGCUGAGCGUGCUGUACCACUUCGGCGUCGUGUUCCUGCGCUUCCUCAAGUGGCUGGCGCUGCGCGUGGAGCGCAGCUCGGCCACGCGCUUCGUGCUGCUGCCGCUGCUGCUGCUGUGGCUUGUGGCUUCGAGCCGCGACGGUCCGCACCGCCAGCUGCUGGACGAGUUCAACGCCAGCGUGCAGUUCGUGGUGUGGUGGGUCGGCCUGGGCGUGCUCUCGAGCGUGGGGCUGGGCACGGGCAUGCACUCGGGCAUCCUGUUCCUCUUCCCGCACAUCUUCCUCGUGGUGCAGGGCGCGCAGGAGUGCAAGUCGCUGGACUUCGACAGCCGCCACCACAUGUGGUUCCACCCCUUCGAGGCCAACUGCAACAACGUGCCCGACGAGUCCACCGUCACGUUCGCCGCCAUCUUCUGGAAGGUCUUCCUGCCCUGCAUGCUCUGGGGCGCCGGCACGGCUGCCGGAGAGAUCCCGCCCUACGCGCUCAGCCGCGCCGCCAAGCUCGCCGGCCAGCGCAACGAGGAGUUCGAGGAGAUCUCCGAGUCCAAGUCCCAGUACAACCUCAUGAACAGCAUGAAGGACUGGAUGAUCCGCUUCCUGGAGAAGCACGGCUUCUGGGGCGUGCUGCUCAUGUCGGCCUGGCCCAACAUGGCCUUCGACCUGUGCGGCAUCUGCUGCGGACACUUCCUCAUGCCCUUCUGGACGUUCUUCGGCGCCACGCUCAUCGGCAAGGCACUCAUCAAGGUGAACCUGCAAGCCGCGUUCUUCAUCACCAUCUUCACGGACGCGCAUCUCAAGCGCGUGGAGGCAUUCAUCGGCCGCGUCACGCCCGAGCAGUGGGGCAUGGGCUCCAGGGUCAGCGAGUUCCUGCUCGAGUGCCGCCACAAGUUCCACUCGGCGCAGGUCAAGGCCGCCGCGGAGCACGCGGGCACGGCCGUGGAAUCCAGCUCCAGUCUGGUCUCGCAGCUGGGCUCGUGGGUCAUGGUGGCCUUCAUCGGCUACUUUGCCAUCUCGUGCAUCGAGCAGUUCGCCCAGCAGCACGCGGCUGAGGAGGACGAGAAGAAGCUCAAGAAGCAGAAGUAAGCCCAAACCGUCAGUGUACUAGCAAACUACCGUCCGAGCCGGAGAAGGAGGAGCUCAAUUGUCACGUCACUCCCGCUUUUUCGUCGUCGCGCUCAAGACCGGCGGAGAUUGCCCGACUAGGAGGAUUAGAGCGAGCUUCGAGGUCCCUACCUGCAUAUUGGUUUUGCACGUUUUGGAUUCCUCUGACUAUUAAUCGCUUCAAAUAGAGAGC